UUUUUAAGGAAGACUAAAGAAAAUUCAAACCAAAUUAGGUGCCAUUUAUCAAGCCUUACUGAUUGGGGGAGGCUGAAACUGUCCAUGAGCUUAAGGAAGCCCGGUUUUUUUAGUAUUUAAGGAAGUCUGGUUUGGUCUAUUCACUAACCCAACAUAGUGGCAACACUCUGAUUUGAUUAUAAACACUACAGCCCCCAUCAAUUUCACUCGAAAUUCCCUUGGAAUGGCUCAAAAAAGCAAGAUUUUGAUCAUCGGAGCCACUGGAUACAUCGGGAAAUUCCUAGUGGAGGCAAGCGUGAAAGAUGGACACUCAACUUUUGCAUUGGUCAGAGAAAGCACAGCUUCGAGUCCUGAUAAGUCCGAACUCAUUGAGAGCUUCAAGAGCUCUGGAGUUACACUCCUUUAUGGAGACAUCUAUAAUCAUGAGAGCUUGGUGAAGGCAAUCAAGCAAGUUGAUGCAGUGAUCUCUGCAGUUGGGUUUCAACAACUGGGUGAUCAGUUGAAGAUUAUUGCUGCCAUCAAAGAAGCUGGAAAUAUCAAGAGAUUCCUCCCAUCGGAGUUUGGAACGGAUGUGGAUCGUUUCCAUGCAGUGGAGCCAGCUGCAAGCCUCUUUGCUCUUAAGGCGAGCAUCCGGCGAUCAAUCGAGGUCGUAGGAAUUCCAUAUACUUACAUCGUGUCCAAUGGCUUUGCUGAGUACUUCUUGAGAAACCUUGGACAGGCAGGUGCUACAGCUCCUCCAAGGGACAAAGUUUUAGUACUUGGCGAUGGAAAUAUCAAAGCAAUUUCUGUCAAGGAAGAAGAUAUUGCUAUCUACACCAUAAAAGUAGUGGAUGAUCCGAGAACCUUGAACAAGAUCCUCUAUAUGAGACCCCCUGCUAACAUUUUGUCCUUCAAUGAGAUUGUCGCCCUGUGGGAGAAGAAUAUCAGCAAGACCCUGGAGAAGAUUCAUCUUCUAGAAGACCAACUUCUUGAGAAAAUCGGGGCUUCCUCAUGCACAAAUAUCUUUGCGACGGCCAUUGUCUGA